CUCUUCCAUGUUGCCUAUAUCCUUAUCAAGUUUGCAAAUUCUCCUCGCCCAGACCUCUGGAUUUUGGAAAGAUCAGUGGACUUUGGAAGAACUUACACUCCGUGGCAAUAUUUUGCUCACUCCAAAGCAGACUGCUUGGAGCUCUUUGGGAAGGAAGCCAACGUUCCAGUGAGGAGGGAUGAUGAUGUCCUCUGCACCACAGAGUACUCUCGCAUCCUGCCUCUGGAAAAUGGAGAGAUUGUCAUAUCUUUGGUCAACGGCCGUCCAGGAGCACAAAACUUCACUUAUUCCCCCAGUCUUCAAGAAUUCACAAAGGCAACAAACAUCCGCCUUCAUUUUCUCAGGACCAAUACCCUUCUUGGACACCUGAUAUCAAAAGCUCAACGAGAUCCCACCGUGACUCGCAGAUAUUUCUACAGUAUAAAGGACAUCAGCAUUGGUGGUCGAUGUGUUUGCCAUGGCCAUGCUGAAGUGUGUCAUGCAAAGAGUGCUGAACACCAACACCAGUUUCAGUGUGAUUGUCAGCAUAACACUUGUGGGGAAACCUGUGAUCAGUGCUGCCCUGGGUAUCAUCAGAAACAGUGGCAGCCUGCAACAUCUGGGAGCACAAACAGAUGUGAACCCUGCAAUUGCCAUGGACAUGCCACUGAUUGCUACUAUGAUGCUGGUGUUGCUCAGCGUGGAGAGAGCUUGAACAUCCAUGGCCAUUAUGAAGGUGGAGGAGUCUGCAUUAACUGCCAGCAUAACACAGCUGGGAUUAACUGUGAGAAGUGUGCAGAAGGUUACUAUCGUCCUUACAGGGUUCCAGUGAGGGCUCCUGAUGGCUGCAGACCCUGCAGCUGUCCCCUGGAGCACGCAGAGGGCUGUGAGGAAGGCUCUGGCCGCUGCCUCUGCAAGCAGAACUUCCAGGGGGAGACCUGUGAGCGCUGUGCUGAGGGGUUCUAUGCUUAUCCAUUUUGUGUCUUGUGUGAAUGUAACUUGGCGGGUACCCAGCCUGAAAUCUGUGAUGUUUUUGGGAGGUGUCUGUGUCGCCCUGGGGUAGCUGGACUCCAGUGUGACAGCUGCCAGCCUGGCCACCACUCAUUCCCCACAUGUCAAGGUGUCAGCAGUGAGUGUGACCCUUCAGGCAGCGUGGGUUCUCAGGCUGGCUAUUGUCAUUGUCUUCAGCACGUUGAAGGUCCUACCUGUAGUAAAUGCAAACCACUGUACUGGAACCUGGCCAAGGAAAACCCAGAGGGAUGUACAGCAUGCCAGUGUGAUGUGAGUGGAACACUGAGUGGAAUUGGAGAAUGUCAGCAGGAAAAUGGGCGUUGUCACUGCAAAGCCAAUGUUUGUGGAGAUUCCUGUGACACUUGUGAAGCUGGUUAUUAUGCUCUGGAAAAUAAGAAUUAUUUUGGCUGCCAAGGGUGCUGGUGUGAUGCUGGAGGAUCCCUCAGCACAGUGUGUGCUGAGCCCUGGGGUGGCUGCCAGUGCCGGGCACACGUCGUGGGCACAGCCUGUCAGGAACCUGAAAAAAACUAUUUUUUCCCUGAUCUGCACCACAUGAAGUUUGAGAUUGAAGAUGGUACCACUGUCAAGGGAAGGGGAAUUCGUUUUGGGUAUGAUCCUCAGGAGUUCCCUGGCUUCAGCUGGAGAGGAUAUGCCCAGAUGUCUUCUAUACAAAAUGAAGUGAGGAUAACUUUGAAUGUGGAACACUCACACCUCUCCUCAUUUCGCAUUGUCCUGAGGUAUAUUAACCCUGGAGGUGAACCAUCCUCUGGUCGCCUAUCUGCUUGCCAAUCUCAGCCUGGAACAGGGGCUGCUCAGAGCCAAGAGUUUGUCUUUCCACCCAGCAAGGAGCCAGCUUUUGUCACAAUCCCAGGAAAAAGCUCCACAGAGCCUUUCUCCCUGGUCCCAGGCACGUGGACUGUCAGUAUAAUGGCAGAGGAAGUCCUCUUGGACUACUUGGUGCUGCUACCUAGUGACUACUACGAAGCAUCCAUCCUGCAGGUCCAGGUUACAGAGCCUUGCACCUCUUCAGGACAGGCUUCAGCAGAGCACUGCUUGCUCUAUCAGCAUCUGCCACUGGGCAGCUUCUCCUGUGUCCCUGGUUCAGAGGCAGUGCACACCAGUGAGGGAGAAUACAGAAGAGUGUCUGUGCAAGAGCCAGCUCCUGGUCAACCCUCGAUGGCCUGGAUCAGUGGAGGAGAGGUUAAUUUGCAGAUGACCAUAAAUGUUCCUCAAGUUGGUCGCUACGUUCUGGUUUUUGAAUAUGCCAACAAAGAGGAUGAGUUGUACACUGCUGAGGUGGUGAUACACAGCCCUGGGCCUGCCCCUGAGGGCAGAGUGAGAAUUUAUAGCUGUAAAUACAGUUUCCUCUGUCGCAGCAUCGUGGUGGAUGGUGGGGGUCGUGUUGCAGCCUAUGACCUCCUAGCAGACACAAAGAUACACCUCAAAGCAGCAGCAAUUAAUUUCCUUCUGCACAAGGUUUGUAUUAUACCAGCAGAGGAAUUUUCUCCAGAAUAUGUGGCUCCUAAAGUACAGUGCAUAGCUGCUCAGAGGGGUGCCCAUGGUGGAAGUGCAGCGUGCGUUCCCUCCGUGUACCCAACUCCACCAGCAGCUUUGGUUUUGGAUGCACUCAAGGCUGGGAAAACUUCUGAAGUGCAGAGACACGUGCUGGAGGAUCCACCGAGUGCCCCUUGGCCUCCUGGCUCGGUUAAGGGGGUCACCUUGACACCUUUACAGAAGCAGAUGACCCUGGGUGGCAGCGUGCCCCACUUGGGCAGAUAUGUGUUGGUGGCACACUUUUAUCAGGCAGCACAUCCGACGUUCCCCGUGCGGGUGCAGGUGGAGGCAGGACGUGUGUGGGCUGGUUCCUUCAAUGCUUCGUUCUGCCCUCAUACCUCUGGCUGUCGGGAGGAGGUGGUGGCAGAAAGCCAACUAGAGCUGGAGGUUUCUGAACCUGAGGUCUCUGUCACAGUGGUGAUACCUGAUGGGAGAACCCUGGUUCUGGCAAAUGUCUUAGUUGUUCCAGCAGACACCUACAGUUACAAAAUUCUUGACAAAAAGACAGUGGACAAGUCAUUUGACUUUAUCAGCCAGUGUGGAGGAAACAGUUUUUAUAUUGACCCGGAGAGCUCAUCAGCCUUCUGUAAGGACUCUGUGAGGUCACUGGUGGCUUUCUACAACAACGGAGCUCUGCCCUGUGACUGCCACAGUGCGGGUGCCACCAGCCCUACCUGCAGCCCCCUGGGGGGGCAGUGUGUUUGCAGACCCCACGUCAUCGGGAGGCGCUGCAGCCGCUGCCAGACUGGCUACUAUGGGUUCCCUUUCUGCAAGGCGUGCAGCUGUGGGCAGCAUCUGUGUGAUGAUGUGACUGGGAAAUGCAUAUGCCCUCCUCAAACCCUGAAACCAGGCUGUGAGGUGUGUGAGAGGCAUCACUUCAGCUACCACCCUCUCGCUGGCUGUGAGAGCUGCAACUGUUCAGAAAGGGGAGUGGUGAAGGGGGAGAGCCCAGAGUGUGAAAAAAACAAUGGACAGUGCAAGUGCAAACCAGGGCUCACAGGCCGGCGGUGUGAUCGGUGUGCUCCUGGGACUUUCAGUUUCCCAAACUGCCUGCCCUGUAACUGCAACAGAGAUGGAACAGAACCAGAUGUUUGUGAUCCGCAGACUGGAAUUUGUCUCUGCAAGGAGAAUGUUGAAGGUGCACGAUGUGAUGCUUGUCGACCAGGAUCCUUUUAUCUGGACCCUUCUAACCCCAGGGGAUGCACCUCUUGCUUUUGUUUUGGGGCAACCAGAGACUGUCACAGCACAAAUCAUCGUAGAACCAAGUUCGUGGACAUGAGGAGCUGGCGCUUGGAGGCAGUGGAUGGAGACGUUGCCAUCCCAGUGACUCUCAACCCAGUCAGCAACAGCGUGGUGGCUGAUGUCCAAGAACUGCCUGCUUCAGUGCAGAGCUUGUACUGGAAAGCACCACCAUCCUACCUGGGAGAGAAGCUUUCUUCAUAUGGUGGCUUCCUAAGUUACCAAGUGAAAUCUUUUGGCUUGCCCAGUGAGGGCAUGGUUCUUCUGGAGAAAACACCUGAUAUACAACUAACAGGCCAUCAAAUGACAGUUGUUUAUAUGGAUCCCAACAACCCACUGCCUGACCGCCAGUAUUACGGCCGUGUGCAGCUAAUUGAG